AUGGUGAUCUUGCGGUUGGUACAGAGGCUUUGCAUCAAAAAGUCAUUCGGAUGGGAUGAUGGGCUGAUCCUGAUGGCACUGGCUUGCGCUGCUCCAUUGAACUGUUUAGCCUUUCCUAUGCAAAAGUAUGGACUUGGCACCAAUAUCUGGACCAUUCACUUUGAUGACAUCACCAAGCAGCUCAAGUUGCUCCUCCUCGCCGAAGUCUUCUAUAUGCCUUCCGAAGCCUUCACCCAGCUUUCCUUCCUCACAUUCUAUCUCCGGAUUUUCCCGCCUUCUAAAUACCAAUAUAUUGCAUAUACACUGGGAGCUCUAUCAAUUUGUUUCGGGACAUCCAACACUCUCGUCAUGAUCUUUCAGUGCACACCUGUGUCUUUCUUCUGGACAAAUUGGACCGGUGAGACCAUGGGUUCUUGUAUCGAUAUCAGCGCAUAUUCUUGGUAUCGUGCCGCCAUGCAGAUUGCAAUGGAUAUAUCUAUCAUUGCGCUUCCCCUCUGGCCACUCUCGAUGCUGCAGAUUACCAUGAGCAAAAGGAAGAAGACUAUGAUCAUGCUGAUGUUCUGCACGGGUUUCCUGAUCACCGUGGUGAGUUGCCUACGACUUCAAUCUCUAAUCAAAUUCUCCAAAUCCGCCAACAUCAGCAUGGACAACAACCCGGCUAUCUACUGGAGUAUCGUAGAAUGCGACGUUGCCAUCAUCUGCGCUUGCAUGCCAUGCAUCCCGUCACUCCUUAAACCGUUAUUCCCAUCCUGCUUCGGAAAUACAAGAAAGUAUACUAGUGCCGAAGACGGCGACGCGACACCACCGCCGGUGCGUAUGGAGCGCGUCAAGAGAAAGGAGGAAUUCAGUAUCCUUCAGACAACUGCGUCGGAGGAUGCGUUGGUGAACGGUCGAUGA